AUGGGGAUGGAUUAUAAUAAAUUGCAUCCUGAUGAUGACAGGGAAGGUGCCGUAAAAUUACUUUGCUUUGACAUGACAAAGGCUAGUGAAAAAUCAAGAUUUGUAUGGUGUUCAAUAGGUGUCUUCUUUUUUUAUAUUAUUUAUGGAUAUCUUCAGGAAUUAAUAUUUAGUUUAGAAGGAUUCCGGGAGUAUGGCUGGUAUUUGACAUUAAUACAAUUCGCUUAUUACACAGUAUUUGGAAUUUUAGAAUCUAAAUUACGAGGAGUAACACGUCGGAUUCCAUUGUCAACUUACAUAAUCCUAGCUUUUUUAACACUAGGUACAAUGGGAUUUUCAAAUUCAUCUCUCGGCUAUUUAAACUAUCCAACUCAAGUCAUAUUCAAAAGUUGUAAAUUAAUUCCAGUGCUAAUAGGAGGCAUUAUAAUUCAAGGAAAACAAUACGGACUUUUAGAUUUUGUAGCCGCAGGGUUUUUGUGUGCUGGUCUAGUAUUAUUUACUCUGGCAGACAGUAUGAUAUCCCCGCGAUUCAGUAUUAUCGGCGUGAUGAUGAUAAGUUCAGCUCUUCUGUGUGAUGCGAUAAUAGGAAACGUUCAAGAAAAAGCUAUGCGACAAUACAAAGCAACAAAUACUGAAAUUGUUCUCUAUUCAUACAGUAUUGGAUUUUUAUAUUUAUUUAUAAUAUUAUUUACAACUGGACAACUUACAAAAGGCGUUACAUUUUGUGCCGAUUAUCCAAUUGAGACUUAUGGGUACGCUUUUCUGUUCUCAAUCUCCGGAUAUCUUGGUAUCCAAAUGGUCUUGACACUGGUCCAAACUAGCGGCGCAUUCGUAGCAGCGACUGUUACAACUUGCCGUAAAGCAGUUACCAUAACAUUGAGCUUUAUUUUCUUCUACAAACCAUUUACAAUGCAAUAUUUGUGGUCUGGUUUGUUAGUUUUACUGGGCCUAUAUCUAAAUAUUAGGAGCAAACAGCGCGGCGGCAAUAAAGUAUCACUUAAGACGAUCUGGUCUUAUAUACAACAUUGCUGGUCUAAGCACAAUCAAAUUCAACGACAAUUAAUGAUGAACGUAUGA